UUCCUUUCUCAUGAAUGAUGAAUUUAAUCAUUUUUACAAAAAAAUUAGGGAUAAUUAUAAAAAUUAUGAAGAUAAAAUUAUAGAUCUGAACAAUUACCAUAGUGAUGAUCAAAGUAUAAUAUUAUUAAAGUUGAAUAGCGAAAUUUCUAUUCCAGAUGAAAUUGGAUUAAAUCCAUAUAAUUUUUGGAAAAUACACAAAUUUAAUUCAAUACCUGGAUUAUUUUUUAUUAAAAAUAUAUUUACCAAUAUUGGUCAAGAAUAUUGGAUGAAUAGGCAUGUUAGCUAUUGCUUAAAUUGCUACCCCAAAUCACAUAAAUCAAAUGUUCAAAUCUUAGAUCAAAAACAUAAAUUUUCUAAAUUAAGAUGGGUAACAUUAGGUUAUCAUCAUAAUUGGGAUACAAAGAUAUAUUCUCAUGAUGAUAAAUCUGUUAUGCCUGUUGAGAUUAAAUCAUUAUGUAAAAUAAUAUGUGAAUGUAUUGGUUAUGAAGAUUUUGAAGCUGAAGCUGCAAUUAUCAAUUAUUACAGUAGAAAUUCAUUUAUUAGAGGACAUAUAGACCAUUCUGAAUAUAAUUUAAAAGCACCUCUAAUUUCUAUAAGUUUUGGAUUGAGUGCUAUAUUUAUGAUCCAAUCAUCCAUAUCCAAUGUUAUUGAUUAUGAGCAUGAUUCGAUCAUACCAUUAUUGAUUAGAAAUGGGGAUGUAUUGAUUAUGAGUGAUGAAUCAAGAUUAGCUCUACAUGCUGUUCCAAAGAUUUUAGAGGAGAGCAAUAGUAAUAAAGAAGAAAAGAACCAUUUACCUUAUGAUAAUAUUAGAAUAAAUAUGAAUGUAAGACAAGUUUUUUAAUUUAUCUAUUGUAUCAUA